AUGGUAGCUGCCACUACUUAUCGUCGUGUCGAGAAGCCCAUCGAGAAAACCGAGCCCGAAGACGGUGAGGUUCGCAUCACUUCGGUUGGUCGAGUUAAUAACUUCGUGGACGAGGCGAUUCAUUGGUUCCUCGGUGAUGAUGAUACUCAUAAGGCUUGCAAAAGCGUUAAGAUCAUGGCUAGAGGUGUCGCAGUGGCGAAGGCCGUCAUUGUGUCUGAGAUCCUCAUACGCCGUGUGCCUGGGCUUAAGCAAGCUGUGGAACUCGGCAGCAACGACGUUGAAGAAGAAUAUGAGGCUGUUGAUGACACCGAUAAGGAUCAUGUGAAGCAAGUUCGUAUCGUACCAUAUCUUGUUAACACUCUCACUGCAACGAAGCCGUUGACCAAGGACGAUAUCAAACCUGAUGAGUUUGUUGAGUAA